CGACUGGGGUGCACACGUGACUUGCUGGUUCAUCUCAGAUGAGCUACUGCAGUGCGAUUAAAGCGUCUUUCGUGCGCGCGUAGAAGUAUAUAUAAUGUCUAUAAUCCAAUCACGUUCAACGAGAAUCAAAAUGAAACAGCUCGAUAAUAAUCAAGAAUUUCAUAGUCAAGUUGCGACUCGGUUUCCGGAAUCCCACUUCGGUACCACUCCCGAUCCUAACCCCGCAUCAAACUCCACGCCAAUGCGACACUACCGUGGCUCCCGUUCAUCAACAGCCACAGCCUCGGGUUUGGACAGCCGAAACUCUUGAGCACUACUUCUUCUCCAACAUCAUCGACAUGUGUUGUCAAACCUCGAAAUCGCAUUUUAGACCGUGGACGAGAAGAUGCCUUUCCAAUCACUCCUUCCAGACAUCGAUAUACCCAAGAUGGACUUGUUGACGUAUAUAUUUCCAGAAGGAAGUUCGCCCUCGACUGAACCAUUAUGGCGUGAUACUAAGGAUCCCGACAAUUCGUUGUCACCAGCUCAAGCGCUACAAUGGAUAAAGAGGUUGGGUGUUGGGUUGGGAAAUGCGGGGGUGAAGAAGGGAGAGGUUGUGAUGAUUUUCACUCCUAAUCACAUCUUUGUUCCUGCUGCGUAUCUUGGUAUUUCUGGGAAUGGAUAUGCUUUCAGUGGAGCAAACCCAAUCUACACUGUACCUGGUAGGUCAUCCCAAACCACUCGCUAAAUUCCGUGGGCUCACUCAACUCGAAGAAAUGGUGCACCAAAUCAAGAAUACUGAAGCUCGAAUCCUGUUUGCGUAUCCAGGUCUUCUCAAAACAGCUAUACAAGCUGCCAAAGAAGCGGGACUUCCAAAAAGCAGGAUAUUCCAAUUUUCUGACAAGCCAAACAAAACCGUAGACGGAAUCAGGGAUUGGAGAGAAAUGCUAGGAUCGGACGAAGAAGCCAAAAGAUAUUCUUGGCCAAGACUCUCGCCUGAAGAGGCGACGACGACAGUGGCCACAAUCAACUACUCCUCUGGAACCACGGGGCUUCCCAAGGGAGUAUGUGUCAGUCAUUACAACAUCAUUUCGAAUAUCGAGCAAACCCUAGUCAUGAAAUAUAUCAACCAACCAUUCACUCGCGAGACUGCACCACCUGAGCGAUGGCUCGGAUUUCUGCCUCUCUACCACGCCUACGGGCAAUUAUGGACGAUCAUGAUGGCGGUGAAACUCCAGGUCCCGGUUUACGUUAUGACUCAAUUUGUGUACGAGGAUUAUCUCAGAGCCAUCCAAGACUUCAAGCUCACUCAGCUGCAUGUCGCGCCUCCUAUCCUUGUCAUGCUGAGUAAACGGCCUGAAUCAAAAAAGUACGAUCUUAGUAGUGCAAAAAACGUGCUAUGUGGCGCUGCACCGCUAUCAAAAGAGCUUCAGGCAGAGGUCUCGACCAGGUUCAAGAUGCAGAUCAAUCAGGGCUGGGGAAUGACUGAAGUGACUACUGGUGCGAUUAUGGUUCCGUUUGCGAUCAAUGAUAUUACUGGGAGUGUCGGCCAGUUGCUUUCCAAUACCGAGUGUAUGCUGAUCGAUGAUGAUGGGAAGGAGGUUGGUGUUGGAGAGCGAGGCGAGCUCUGUAUCAGGGGGCCUCAGGUGUGCUUAAGGUACUGGAGGAAUGAGGAAGCUACUACCGACUCGAUUACUCCUGAUCGGUGGCUGAAGACGGGUGAUGUCGCGGUUUGUGACAAGAAGGGUUAUUUUUGGAUCGUGGAUCGGAAGAAGGAACUCAUCAAAGUGAACAGCCUACAAGUCUCACCAGCCGAGCUUGAAGCUGCACUCCUCGAACACGAAGCCGUUGCCGAUGCAGCAGUUGUAGGCAUCAAUCUGCACGAUGAAGAGUGGCCUCGUGCAUACGUCGCGAUCCAGGAUUCCGCAAAGGGAAAAGUGAAGCCUGAAGAUAUCCAAGAAUGGAUCAAGCCGAGAGUUGCCAAGCACAAGUACCUGGCUGGAGGUGUGACAUUUGUAGAUGAGGUGCCAAAAUUGGCGAGUGGCAAGAUUCAGAGAAAGGUCAUGAGGGAGUGGGCGAAGCGAGAUGCGGAGAUUUUACAGAAGGAGAUUAAGGCGAGGUUCUGAUGUGGAUGAAGAGAGGGCAUUAGUACGCCAAACU